UUUUUUUCAAAAGAGAGUAUGCUCUGCCUUUGUUUAUGUAGUGGCAUGCACAAAACGGGAACAAAGAAGUCAAGAAUAAUGUGACAAAGUAACGCUACAUUUGCCUCCCUUAGCAGACAUAGUCACAAAAAGAAUCAGAUUCAGCAAUUAAAAGGAGCAUCAUUGUCAUCAAACGGAAAUGCUAACCAGCUCAUUAUAAACCCUUUUUGGCUCUCAAAGUUUUGUUGUUGCAUGCCUUCUAAGAUUCACUUUUCCUUUGCUAGCUCAUUCAUACUAUUUUGGACUUACAAAUUCCUGUAACUAUCUCUUUCUCUCUGAUUGGUUUCAUGACAGUGAAGGCAAGCACUAUUCACCAUGAUCUUUUGUACUUCUGCAUGGUGAUGAGGAUCAAUAUUGACUGCACUGGUUGUUACAGAAAAGUGAAGAGAGCCCUUCUUGAUAUGCCAGAGUUGGAUAGCCAUCUCUUAGAGAAGAAGCAGACCAGGGUAGUUGUGUGUGGCAGGUUCAUUCCACAGGACGUUGCAAUCAAGAUAAAGAAAAAAACUAAUCGUAGAGUUGAGAUUCUGGACAUACAAGACAUGAGUGAGAACAAUGCUGAAAUGGAAAACCAGAAACCAAUGACCAAUAGUUGGACCCUUCUAGCCACCCAGAAUCAAAUGGAAACAUGUCAUGCUUGAGAGAAACAAACAAUAUUGUCUAAUAUUUAAUCCACAUCCACGAGUGAGUAUGUGACUUGUACCAUUUUAGCUUUUUUAAAAUAAACUAACCAAUGAUUGUAAUAAUUCUAGAGAUUACUAACUUGUAAUUGCAUCUAUUUCUGUAUUUGAUAGUAAUUUCUUAAUUGACUGUAACAUAUAUAAUUUUUGUCAA